AUGGACAUGACGUCCAGUAAAGAGAGUUUUCCUCCAAACGCCAACCCAACCAACCCAAGUUCAAAUUCGACCAGUCUAGUGCUGAUCAAAGCUCAGCCUGCGCAAGGUAUUCCAGCCCUUUUUCAGGCGCAGAGGCAGGGCGCGCAUGGUGCUGCUCGUAGCACUGGCCGCGCUGCUGGCGCUGGCGUCGCUGUUGAAAGACUCGACACUGGUGGUGCUACCACUGCCAAAGGACCGACGCUUUUCCUUCUUGUCGGCGCGGCGCAGUUUCUUCUGGUCCUUGUGGGCGCUGCGAAAGCCCUUUUCGGCGUGGUAGCUACAGUAGCAGUGCAGCUGGAUGGUUUCGCUGGCCAUGGAGUCGCAGCUGCCACUGGGCGAGACUUCGCCCGAGUGGCAGGGCUCGACCAGUUGGGACUCUUGGCAGUGGCACCAGGUGUAGAGGGCGAGUGA